UUUCUUGUGGCGCUAAGGCCGUUCGUCCCCAGUAGCUCAGAUAGGUGUAUAUAUCUAUGGGUGGGUUUGCCCAGAGCUCUGGAAGAAGACAGAUGCGGCUUUGCUGUCGCCAGCGUUCAUUUUUAAAAAUGUGAACAUCUAUGAUCUGAAUGCACAUCAGGCGACGUUCGUCGGCGAUCGUUAAGCUUUGAAAACACCCGCCCACUAUUCGCGUAUUACUGAAACGGAGAGGAGGGAGUUGUCAUCGGCGCACCAUUCCGAUCGGCGCCUUGUUGCUAGAAGGCGUUUGCGGAAGAUGCGUGCUCCCGUACGGCGGUGAGUGAAGAGUCCCUGCCGCCGGCGGCGGAUGAAGAAGAUGGGAUCCGUCUGUUGCGUCUGACACGAGAAAAGAGGGGUGAAUAGAGUCUCUCUCCCGAGCUGUUUGCGCGAGACUGGGCGGAAAGCAACGGUAGCGACCGAUGGAGGAUAAAAGCGAAUUCCUUUGUGGCGUUGUUGAGGGCUUCUACGGCCGGCCCUGGUCUGUGGAGCAGAGGAAGGUCCUGUUCCAGUGGAUGCAGAGGUGGGGGCUCAACACCUACCUGUACGGCCCCAAAGACGACCUCAAACACCGGCUCCUGUGGAGGGAGCUGUACUCACCUGAGGAGGAAGCCCAGCUGAAGACGCUGGUGAGGGAGGCAGAGUUACGGGGGCUGCGUUUUGUGUACGCGCUCUCUCCUGGUCAGGACAUGGUCUUCUCCAGCUCCUGCGACCUCACCCUGCUCAAACGCAAACUCCGCCAGGUGACAGAGCUGGGCUGCCAGGCCUUCGCCCUGCUGUUCGAUGACAUCGACCACUCUCUGAGCCAGGCAGACAGUGAGGCCUUCUCCUCAUUCGCCCAUGCCCAGGUGUCUGUGGCCAAUGAGAUCUUCCGUUUCCUGGGGGAGCCAUCUGUCUUCCUGUUCUGUCCCACAGAGUACUGUGGGUCUCUGUGCUCUCCCAGUGUGGCCAAAUCUCCCUACCUGCUGACUGUCGGGGAGGAUCUGCUGCCUGGCAUCUCCGUCAUCUGGACUGGCAGUAAAGUAAUUUCUCGGGAGCUCAGUGCAGACUCCCUGGUGGAGGUUCAGAACGUGCUGCAGCGCCCCCUGCUGGUGUGGGAUAAUCUCCACGCUAAUGACUAUGACUCACGGCGGGUGUUCCUGGGCCCCUUUAAGGGACGCCCCCCCAGCCUGCGCUCCCAGCUUCAGGGGCUCCUGCUCAACCCAAACUGCGAGUUUGAGGCCAACUACAUCCCCCUGCACACCCUGGGCCACUGGCACAGAACUGGAGCCCAGAUACUGAAGGGUGGCGCUGGGCAGUACUGUCCAGAGGAGGCGCUGUCUGCUGCACUGCAGGACUGGAUGGAGGAGCUGAGUCAGCCCUUACAGCCAGGGAGACAGGUCAGGCCGUCAGAGCUAGGAUCUUCUGGUUCCAUCUCAAAAAGUGCAGACAAUCCUCCCACCAGCAGGGGGAGCAAGCUUAAACCACCGCUAGGCACUGAGCGCUGGGACGACUUCCCCAGUGCCGUCCCGCCCAGCGCCACGCCCGCCACCAAACAGGGCGGGGCAGAGGACAUGCCCACGGACAGAGGAGAGGGCUGUGAGGAGACACGCCCCGAAGAAGCACGGGAGAGAGAGAGGGAAGGACAGGGGGAGAAAGAGAGGGAAGGAGGAGAAGAGGGUGAGAGGGCAAGGAAGAAAGAUCAGGGCCCAGGACGGGGUGUCCUGGAGAAGGGGCAGGGCAGGGGUUUGGGUGGGGGCAAGGCCCCGCUCAGCGAAAAGGAAGUCCGGCUCCUGGUUGGGCUGUACUUCCUGCCGCAUGAGCAUGGACGGCCAGGGCAGAGCCUGCUGCAGGACCUCACCUGGCUCAAGACCAACAGCCACUGCGUCAGCGCCAACGGCAAGAAGGGCCCACCACCGAAGGUGGAGGAGUGGCGUGUGCGUGCAGGCCGUUUCCUGGCUGCAUGUGAUGAUGUCGCCCGUCUGCAUGUGAGUGUGGUGAACAGCGUGAACCGGGCGGUGCUGUAUGACCUGUACCCCUACAUCUGGGACCUGAGGAACACUGUGCUGGUGGCCAAAGCCUUCGUCAGCUGGCUGGACGGACGGGUGCUGAAUGAUACCCAAUCCCUGAGCUCCUGGAGGAACUGCUUUCACUGGUGUGGGGUUGCCAUGGGAGCAGACGUGCUGGGGGUGGAGUCAGAACCCUGGGUGUUCAAGGGUGGUCUGUCAGGAGAGGUGCAGAUGCUGCUUCCCAUUGGCACCAGCACAGAGCUCUUCACCCACCCACCACCCCUCUUUCCCACCUGCAGACUCUACAACAUCCGGCCUUUCCAGCUCAAAGACAAGGUGGAGCUGUACAGGAUGGUGCGACAGCUUCACCUAAAGACUCAGGGGAAGCAGGACUCCGCCCUGCCCCACCCUGAUCUCAUUGGAGACAGGUACCUGGGAGCUUCCCUGGCUCUGUGUCCGGAGUACAGCUUUGUUCUGGAGGAUGAGCUGGGCGUGUGUGGGGGGGCCCUGGGGGUGCUGGAUGUGCGAUCCUUCAGCAAGCGCUACCAGGCCAGCUGGCUGCCCGCCAUGAGGGACAAAUACCCCACCCGUCCACACGGGGGCGCCCAGGAGGCGCUGCUGCAGUUCCAGGAGGAGCAGGCAGAUUACCCCGAUUCCCUCCUGUAUCACUUCCCCUCCCAGGUGUGGCUGGAUGCCCUGCCUGAGCUGGUGGACUGUAGCCUGACUCGUAGCCUGCUCACCGCCCUGCUGACUGCGCUCAAGGCCAACGACGCUGAUCGGGCCCUGUUGCGCUGAUCGGGCCCUGUUGCUGCAGUACAGACACUGAUCGGGCCCUGUUGCUGCAGUACAGACGCUGAGCAGUACAGACGCUGAUCGGGCCCUGUUGCUGCAGUACAGACACUGAGCAGUACAGACGCUGAUCGGGCCCUGUUGCUGCAGUACAGACGCUGAGCAGUACAGACGCUGAUUGGGCCCUGUUGCUGCAGUACAGACGCUGAGCAGUACAGACGCUGAUUGGGCCCUGUUGCUGCAGUACAGACACUGAGCAGUACAGACGCUGAUCGGGCCCUGUUGCUGCAGUACAGACGCUGAGCAGUACAGACGCUGAUUGGGCCCUGUUGCUGCAGUACAGACGCUGAGCAGUACAGACGCUGAUCGGGCCCUGUUGCUACAGUACAGACGCUGAGCAGUACAGACGCUGAUCGGGCCCUGUUGUUGCAGUACAGAUGCUGAUCGAGCCCUGUUGCUGCAGUACAGACGCUGAUCGGGCCCUCUUGCUGCAGUACAGACGCUGAUCGGGCCCUGUUGCUGCAGUACAGACGCUAAGCAGUACAGACGCUGAUCAGGCCCUGUUGCUACAGUACAGACGCUGAGCAGUACAGACGCUGAUCGGGCCCUGUUGCUGCAGUACAGACGCUGAUCGGGCCCUGUUGCUGCAGUACAGACGCUGAUCGGGCCCUGUUGCUGCAGUACAGACGCUAAGCAGUACAGACGCUGAUCAGGCCCUGUUGCUACAGUACAGACGCUGAGCAGUACAGACGCUGAUCGGGCCCUGUUGCUGCAGUACAGACGCUGAUCGGGCCCUGUUGCUGCAGUACAGACGCUGAUCGGGCCCUGUUGCUGCAGUACAGAUGCUGAUCGGGCCCUGUUGCUGCAGUACAGACGCUGAUCGGGCCCUGUUGCUGCAGGCUCCCAGGGCGUGUUCUGUGACGUGCUGCCCACGGAUCGGCAGCGGCUGGAGCUCCUGGCCAAGCUGGGCUUCCUGGAGAUC